UUACUUCGAAUUCGUGAAAUAACAAAGAUAUGCGGCGGACACAACGCUACCGGUGAAAAAGAUGCUGCGUAGAAAGUCACAUUUUUAACUCUUCGUGAUGCCUUCUGAGAACAAGAAAGUCCAUGUUCAUCGACGAAGUAUUCCUUCGAACGGAUAAUCAAUCAGAGAAUGCCAGGGGAAAGAAGAUUUUUGAAUUACAAGCAGUUUUGUUCAGAACAAGAUAAUACUUUGCGUGCACGCAUCGCUGUGAACUUCCAGGCCGAUGGGAGCCCGUGAUGAAUAGGCCGAUCGUCGCAUUGAUCGCGUGAGUUCAGCAGCUAACACUGUGUAGCAGAAGCAAGCCGACUCAGAAUCACGGCCUUCACUUCUUCUUUUGUUUAAGUAUCAACAAAUCGCUCUUUGUCGCUGGAAACUCUUUAAAGCGAGUUAACGAUAAACGGAUUUUAUUUUUAACCAUUUGAUUAAACUUGGAUUGUGAAUUGUGUUAGAUUUGCAAAACAACUUGAGACGAGUGACCAAACAUUUUUGAAAAGCAUCAACAAUUUAUACCAAAAGUUUUACGAAUCAGACAGAAUUUAUCGUGUGAUUUUUCUAAGACUGAUGCCUCUUCGACAAGUACAAAUCAUGAAUAGAUCUCGAGUGGUUCCUGAUGGAACUACAAAGAAAUAUAGAGAGGGCAACUUCCAUUCCUCGUAUUCAACGAUCAAUGAACUUGGAAGGGGGCGCUUUGCAGUUGUCCGCAAGUGCAAGCACAAGGAGAGCAACCGGCACUACGCAGCCAAGUUCGUUAGAAAGCGUAAGAUGGGCCGAGAUUGCCGGGAAGACAUCCUCAAGGAGAUUCGCAUCCUGGAGAACUCCGUCCUGAACCAGCGGCUCAUUGGCCUCCAUGAGGUCUACGAGACGUCAACAGAAGUCAUCCUUGUUUUAGAAUAUGCCAGCGGGGGCGAGCUGCACCAGUACUGUGUAGCAGACAAAGAAGACGGCUUCUGUGAAAGAGACGUGGUCAGACUAUUACGGCAGAUUAUAGAGGGCGUUCACUAUCUCCAUUCACAGAACAUAGCUCAUCUAGAUCUUAAGCCUCAGAAUAUAUUACUAACAUCCAAAGAACCCAGUGAGAGUGACAUCAAAUUAAUAGACUUUGGAAUUGCACGCUACCUCAACAACGGAGAAGAGAUACGGGACAUUCAGGGCACCCCUGACUAUGUUGCCCCCGAGAUCCUUAACUACGAACCCAUCACGCUGUCCACCGACAUGUGGAGCAUCGGUGUCCUGACCUAUGUCAUGCUCACAGGUAUCUCACCCUUCGCUGGAGACACCAAGCAAGAGACCUUCCUCAACAUCUCCCAGCUCAACCUGGAUUUUGCCGAGGAGGACUUCAGCAGCCACUCCCCGGAGGCCAGGGACUUCAUCCAGAGUCUCUGUGUCAUUGAUGCAGAGAAACGCCUGACUGCAAAAGAGUGCCUUGAUCAUCCCUGGAUCCAGAAAUUCAGCAACGUGCCUGUCACCCGGGAGCUUGAUGCCAAUGAGAAUGUGACGCAGCAAGAAAACGAAGUCUCUCCCCUUACCAUCAGUGUGGUCAUCCAGAACAAUGAUGACAACGGUAUCCUCAAGAAGAAGGAGAUGGAUGAUGAGAACGACAACUACCUGGAAAGCAAAACCGAAGAUCACAUCUCACGAAAGGAGAAACCUCAGAAUGACGUAGUCCAGGAUUCUGAAGACAGUUCAGAUGCCACAUGCAGAGUUGGUGUAGAUGAAUCCACUCCAGAUAUGGACAUUCACAUGGAUGUUGAAAACAAAGACACGGACACUCAUGAGGACCACUCAAAGAUUCAGGAAGAGGUCCAAGUUUUAUCUCAGUAUUCAAAUGGCAUCAAGGUUUUAGACCAUGAACUUGUAGAGAGGCGGGAAUAUCCUCUUGUCUCCCAACCAAGGCAAGUAGUCCUCGACAGUCGAGAGGACUCUCCUGCAGUUCCUGUGCAGAUGGAAAGUGGUGUUCUUGGGGAUACAAAGUGCAGGAGCUGCAACAGGUUGCACCCAGAAUCACAAAGUGCCUCUGAUAGGAGUAGGUCACCGUCGUCCAGCCCCAUGGGUACGCGGCGGACCCUCUGCCCGAACAAGGAGAACUUUCCCAAAGAAAUCCGAGAACCCAAGAGGUUCUGCCUUGAAGUGGUACCUCAACAACCAGGUCAAGUUGUCUGUUGAUCAAUUUAGUAUCCCAGAACAAUCCAACAUAUUUAUUCUAGAUAUUGCUUUUUACCUUCGUUCUUAAGUCGCGACUGAAAGUUUCAUUUUUUCCACUAAACAAUCAUUUGGGAGCAUAUUAGUGUAGGGAAGAGUUUUACAUUCUUGGCGUUAAUAGAGGUUUUAUUUGAAAUCAUCUUCGGGAUGUUUAUAAUCAUUGCAUUUUAGUGUAAUCAUAAUGAUAAAGAUUUGAAUGCGAAUGUGUACAAUAUGAUAUUAUUCAAAUUGAUGACAGUGCUGAGCACUUGGUAAUUAAAAAUUAUGGUACCAAAGUAACAAUGUACUUGAAGAAGUUGUUUAGUCUUGUUGAUUCAAGGCUGUUGUAAUCUAAUAGCUUGCUGUAUGCAGCGGUUAGUUCUGUGUAAAUUCAUGUUUACAUCUAAAGCUUCCAGCCUAAGCAACAUAAGUGAAAAGGGUGCUAUAUGUAUUCUAUGUGUAAGUAUUAAAAAUAACUAUGCAUUUUUUAAUUUUACAAUCCAUCAUGAUUCCAUUUGGUGUG